UUAUCUGUAGUUAAAAUAUAACAAUAAUAUACACAUGUUUAGUUACAAAGUUACAAAAACAGUUGUACAAUUAAUUACAAAGAAUUUGAUACAUUAAUUUAAUAUUAUAAUAAAAAUGAACGCUUUGCGUUCAUUGGCAUUUGUCCUAAAUAGAGGGUAUAAACCUGCUCAAUUAGAAACUAUAAGAUUUAUAAAACGAUGGGUUGCACCAACACAAAUGGUAAUUACAAAAAAGAAAAGAGAAUUAGGGCCGCAGGUAGAAUAUAUUCGUAGUAAUUUUCUGGAAUGGAACAGAAGUGCAGAACUUUAUGCAUUUAAUGAAAGACUUAGUGAAAAAUUUGAUCCAGCAUUACUGGAACAAGCAUUGGUUCAUAGAUCUUAUAUUAUUAAAGAAGAAGAAAUUCAGAGACAGCAAGGAAUAUCUGAUCCUAAACUUGAUGUAACAGAUAAUAGAAAUCUUAUACAAGAUGGAAGAAAGUUUAUUUCUAAAGUUGUACAGAAAUAUUUGGUUGAAAGUUUACCUAAUUUACCGGACGAUGGUAUUAUGAGUAUUCACAAUUAUCUCUUAAGCGAAGAAUCAUUAGCUAAUUCAUCUUUACAUAUUGGAACGAUAGAUUUAAUAUUAACUGCAGAACAUCCUGUAUCAAACAAAACAUUAGCUGAUACGUUUAUUGCUCUUGUAGCAGCUCUUGUGCAAAGUGUUAAUGCUAAUCAUGCUGCAAUAUUUGUUCGUGAUUUUUUGAUAACAAUAUUAGCAGAAAAAGAGUUGCCUAAUAUAUGGUGCCCAAGCAACCCUCUACAAGAAUUAAAUGAUAUUCUUUCAAAAGAAGGCAGAGGACCUGCGGAACCAAGAAUCAUUGCAGAAAGCGGAGUAAAUACUCUUUUAUCCUCGUAUCAUAUUGCAGUUUAUUCGGAUAAACAAUGUUUAGGUAUUGGAUGCGGUGCAAAUAUUCAUGAAGCAAAAGAAGUGGCUGCAAUUAACGCCUUAUGCAAAAUAUAUGGAUUGUUAGAUUCUAGUCGUCCUUUAAAAUUUGACAAAGUUAUUGAAAUGGAUUAGCAAUAGAUGGUAUGAUAGAAAUUUUUAAAAUAGUAAUAUGAAAUAAGUACAAAAAUAUAUAAAUAAAUAAUAAAAAAGAGAUAUAUAAAAAUGCAUAUAAUUAUUUACACUAAAUUGUAAUAAAAGUUUGGAAGUUAUGAAUUGUGCACGCUGAUUGGCUCGUUCUUGAUUGGUUAGAGCCAAUAAGAAUUGAGGAUUUAAUCGCGAUGCCAUCUACCGUAAAGAUCAACUAUCACAACUUUUAAACAGACGAUAGUCAAUCUAAGUAACGUAUAAACUAUGAUAUAUCACAAGAAGAGGAAUGUGCAAUUAACUCAUUGUUCUGCUGACUAAUGAACGUUGCUCGGUUGGAAAACUUUGACGAAGUUUUUAUCGAUAAUGACAAGAUCAAGCUAGAAAAAGAUUAAAGUCGUCGUUUACAUCGUUGACGAUUACAUCAAAAGUUGAAGAAAGAGAGAAAGAGAAUUAAGUAUCCAAAUAUGUACGAAUUAUCAUAAAAGUAAACAAAAAAGAAUAUAAUACUACAAAAUGAUUUAUUUAUUAAAUUCAAUUUCAAAAGAAAAUUAAAAUUGGUGCGUGAAAUAAAAUCAUCUAAAUACAUAUUAAAAAAUCUUACAAUUUAAUCAUGAAAAUCGACGAGGGCAAUAGCGUGACGUAGCGUGAAUAAUGGCUAGCAUAUAUGUAUACAUACAUAUAUAACAUAACAAACAUACUCUUGUGUGAUUAGUGGGAUGGGCGCAUAUACAUAUAUACAUGACACACACACACAUUCUUGCACGUAUACAUAUAUUCAUGAUUUACCAAUGAUAUAAAACGUGAUUCUUUCUUUUUCACGCGUUGAAAUCAACUGACGAAUUGCAAGAAAACAAAAUGGCGAUGGUUAGUUAUACAAAACGAUUUUCAAAAAAAAAUGUUCUUUUAAAUUUCUUUCUUUUUUUUAUGAAUAUAUUUUUUUUAUAAAUAACCAUUAUAACAAAAUUUAUCUCGUAAUAAUUACUAUUAAUAAUAUCGAUGAGUAAUAAACAAAGUUAUUGAUAAAUAUUACUACAGGAAUAUGUCCAUUAUUCCAACUGGCGCAAUGUAUAUUUUGAUCGUUCUAUUCUUAUACCUGUAUAUACAUAUAUGUAUGUGUUUGUAUGUAUAUAUAUAUAUAUACAUAUAAUAUAUGUAUAUAUAUAUAUACAUAUAUAUACUUUAAAAGUUGCGUACGGUAUACAUACAACGUAUGUAUACCACGUUAUCUACACAACUGUAUAUUAUUUUGGUGACGUGUAUUCUAUAAUAAAUAGAAAAAGAAAGAGAGAAAAAAAGAAAUGGAAAAGGAUCAUGAAAUGUAUUUAAAAAUCAGUAUAGUCUUCUCCGAGGUAUUCAGAUGGAUGAAUUCCAUUCGUCUUUCUGAACGUGAAAACAUUCCGUUCUUCGUGUCUUUUCUUUCGUGCUAUGCAACGGAAUAAUACAUAUAUAUAUAUGUAUAUAUAUAUAUAAUAUAUAUAUCUACUUAUAGAUGCAUACGCAUAAUCCUAUAUAUUGCUAUAAGUACACACGCACAUUAUACAUACAUACACGUUUCUUAUAGUUGAAUAAACGACGAAUGCAUAGGAACGACGUUUAAUGAGUAUAAAUUUACUUACAAAUCAAUAUUUAUAUAUAUAUAUUAUUGCAUAAAUAUUACUAUGAAAAA